UUAGAGAUUCUGAGUGGGAUUCUACUGAUGAUACUCUUCUUGCACAACGUGAUGGCAUUUAUUUAAUUCAACGUGGAUUGGCCUUUUUGCACGAGUCUCUGGCUGACUUCUUUAGAAAUACUCAACAAUCUUUGGAAUGUGGAAAAUCUGACUUUAUUGAAGGUGUCCACCGACUUGUUUCGGCAACCGCUUUGUUCGAAGAAGUUAACCGUCAAUUUUCCGUCAGAAAUUAUCAUGGUACUAAUCGAAAUACUCUUGGAUUGCAAGACAGAGCUACUGGACCAGGUCGUCGCAGAGACGUUCAAGAAGAAAGAUUUAGUAGGAAUGUUGCUGCCUUUGUUGAUACAAUGAGAGAUAUAAUUAUGAGAUUGAAGAAUAUUGAUAUAGAAAGAUUUGAAUUGGAUACUCAAGAUCGAUUAAUCAUUUUAUCCAACAUUCAAGAUGCCGUUGAAAUUAUCGAAAAUAUUCAAAAGAGUCUUGAUGUCGUUCCAUUCUUACUUGAUGAACGUCAUCGUCGUGAUCGUCAUCCUAGACCUUACUUACCUUUAUCCAAAUUUGAGAUUGAGUUACUCCUCGAACAAUUGGAUUAUAUUCGAGAAGGUAAAUCUGAUCACGUGUCCGAUGAUUACAAGAAAAUUACCGGCGAAAAACCUACUCGUAUUAAGUCAUUCUUCGAAGACAAUGCUGAAUCAUUCCGCCCUGGUAAAAAUACCCGUUCCCGUCGUCCUCGUGAUUCAGACGAUAGAUCUGAUAAUUCCUUAAUGAUGGGUGUCGGAGGAGGGUACAAAAUUAUUCCAUGUUAUGGGAUAACUAAAGAUCCAACAUCAAAAGAUUUUGUAAUGGUUAUGCGAUACGCGGAAGAAGGAAAUCUUCGAAAAUAUUUAGAUAACAAAUUUUAUUCAUUGGAUUGGUAUCAAAAAUUUAAAAUUUUACAUUCAGUACUUAAAGGACUCAAUCAUAUUCAUAAUGCAGGGUUAACACAUCGUGAUUUACACGGAGGAAAUAUAGUAAUGUUCGAACUUGAAGAAGCAAGUAUUACAGAUUUUGGAUUAUCUGAAAUUUUUGCAAGAUUUGGAAAAACUUAUACUUUGGAACUCAGGUCACGUUCUCUAGGUCUUCGCCAACAUGAGUCUGCCGUUCUUUUGAUAAAUGAAACUGGUAUUAAUAUGACGGCAGAUGAACUCCGUAAGGAACGUCAUGAAAAAAAUCUUGAAAGAUUUCCUUUUGCUAAACCCAUGCCUGGCGCUAUGCGACUUGUGGCUCAUUUGAAAAAGCACCGAAUUUCAAUAGCGGUUGCAACGAGUUCGAGUCGCGAAAGUUUCAAUAUUAAAGCCUCCAAUAAUAGAGAAUUAUUCGAUAUGUUUGAUAAUAUUACUUGUGGAGAUGAUGCGAAUGUCAAGAAUGGUAAACCAGCUCCGGACCUAUUUCUUGCAGCUCGUGAGGGGAUUGGUAACCCUCCUACGAAUCAAUGUUUGGUAUUCGAGGACUCAAUUAAUGGAAUCAAAGCUGCAAAGAAUGCAAACAUGAAAGUUAUUUGGGUACCAGAUCCUAAGAUUGCAGAGUUAUAUCCGGGUAAAAAUGGUGCUGAUGAAAUGAUUUUUUCUUUGAACGAUUUUGAUCCAACAAUAUUUGGAUUGCCACCCUUUGAUGAGGAAACACGUUCUGCAUAA